AUCAUUAUUCAUCUCACUCCCAGCGAUACCUUUGGAUGCAUUAACUAACAAGCAUCUGAAUUUGUUGCCAUCUUUUUUCAAACCGCUCCUGUAGGCAGAUUGCCAUGCAAAAUAGACAGGAAACCUUAAUAUACUUCAAGGAAAAAAGGGUGCAGGGGUCAGAGUUAUUUUUUGUUAUUUCCCCUCUUAUAUAAGAUGAAUUAAGCGGCAUCCUCUUCUACAGAAGACGACAAAGACAUCACUCCCAAUAUAGAAAGUUAAUUUAGUCCGCAUUCAGCAUAAAUGGUUAUGAGUAAGGCAGACUCAACCUUUCAACAGUGGACAUCUUCGGAAAGGAGGCUAUGCUGAAAGAAAAUCUCAGCUUCAAACCAACUUUAACUUCUCAGCGUCGACCCACAUCUUAAAAGUAACUGCAGAACAGAUUUAAAAUGCCUCUUUUUAGCUGGAUGAAAUGGUCAAAAAGUGAUUCCUUCAAACCCCCAAAAUAUCCGGGCUCGGAUGUAGUAACUAAGACCUUGCUUCGUGAAUUGAAAUGGCAUCUCAAAGAACGUGAGAGACUAGUGCAGGAGAUAGAAGAUGAACACAAAGUCAGAAAAAGUGGUGUGGAUUACAACUGGCUGAAAAAUGACCAGAACCCUCAAGCCGCUAUCCCAGCUACAGAACAGAGACAGCUUGAAGUGCUUUGCUCACAAGUUCAACCUUGCCAAACAGGAACUAUUCUAAGCAGAUUUAGAGAAGUUUUGGCAGAAAAUGAUGUCUUGCCAUGGGAAAUAGUCUACAUCUUCAAGCAGGUGGUAAAAGAUUUUCUAACCAAUGGUGAGAAAGAGAAGCAACAAGAGCAAUUGGAAGAUGUAUGGCAUAAAAAUGGCUCGGCACAUUUCACAAUGCCAGGGGAAAGCUGUAAAAAGUCAGACAAAGAUGAAAUCCCUACUGUUUCACGUUUUGUUGACAAAAACACACAGAGUACGUUUCCAACUUUUUCCCACAGAAUCUGGAACUUGCCAUAUUACUACCCAUCAAGUUAAAGUAUUCAUCAUCAUACAGAUAUUUGCAUUCUUCUAAUAGUAAUAUCUGAUCCCAGAGUACAAAAGAAAAUCCUAAGAAUGAGACAGAACCUUAUGUUUCCCUUUGUGGCUAGGUUGGAAGUCUAAAUUAAUUUUUUUGCUUGUGUAUGUGUGUGGUGCAUUUUAACUUUUCUACUAGAGUGUUCUGAAGAUGCAAUGCUUUCACUUAGAAAUGUCUUUUUAACCGAAAAAAACUUUUUUGAGAAAAUGUUUGAACUAUUUCCUUAUUUUUAAUGUACUUCUAGCAUACUGUGAAAUCUAAGAACCAAAUUAAGGGGUGACUUUGGAUAUUUCAAAAUGUAAUAACUUCAGAGAUGUUAUUGGGCAGUAGAUACUUUAUUUUUAUUAAUUUUAGUCUUCUAAACUAUGUAUAGAAAUAAAAAAAUUAGUGAAAAUCAAUACAGUAUUAGAACAA